AUGAGGGGCUCACGCAUCUUGGGCACCGCUUUCGCCCGACCAAACCUCACUGCUUUGACAUCGUCGUCGCCAUCCUCUUCCCAAAUAUCCCGUCGCAUCCGAAGCGCCGCUUCUAGCCUACCACGCGCAACGCAGAAGCAUGUGCGAAGCGCCCCAUUCUCGACUUCGGCUGGCAAGACAGGAAGCCUGAGCAGGAGUAAUGACCGGGAAUCUCGCCAGUACAGCACCAAGAACCCACAGGCUGAGGCACCUCCAUUUGCCUUUGCUUUCGACAUUGAUGGCGUCCUCCUCCACGUCGCGACGCCCAUUCCCGGCGCCCCCGAAGCCCUCAAGUUCCUGAACGAAAACAACAUCCCUUUCAUCCUCCUCACCAACGGCGGCGGCAAGCACGAGACCGAACGGGUAAAAGACCUUAGCCAGAAGCUUGGCAUCGAGCUCACGACUGACAACUUUGUCCAAUCGCACACGCCCUUCCGCCAGCUUGUCGGAGGGCCUGACAGCCUGAGGGAAAAGACCAUCCUCGUGACGGGCGCCAACGCUGAAAAAUGCCGGUUGAUCGCCGAGGCUUACGGCUUCCGCAACGUCGUUACGCCGGCCGAUAUCAUCAAGGCCCACCCGGAGGUCUUCCCCUUCGACCCGCUCCUCGACACCGUAUACACCGCGACCGCGCGCCCGCUGCCCAAGCCCGUCUUCACGCCCGGAUCCGGCAUGAACCUGAAGGACGCGCUCAAGAUCGACGCCAUGUUCGUCUUCAACGACCCGCGCGACUGGGCCUACGACAUCCAGCUGAUCACCGACCUGCUUCUCUCGCAAGAGGGCUACGUGGGCACCUACUCGCCCAAGAAUGGCGACGCUGCUCUGCCCGGGUGCGGCUGGCAGCAGGAUGGGCAACCACAGCUGUAUUUUAGCAACGCGGACCUGCUUUGGAGCACUGGCUUCCACCUUCCGCGCUUUGGACAGGGCGCGUUCCAGGCUGCCGUGGCAGGCGUAUGGCGGCGGUUGACAAACGGCCAUGAGCUCCAGCGGCGGGUGAUUGGCAAGCCGUACAGCGAAACGUAUCAGUUUGCCGAGAGGGUGCUGGCGACGCACAGGCACGAUGUGCUGAAGAGUCGCGGCCACCACGAGCCUGGCACGCUUAAGAGCGUGUAUAUGGUGGGCGAUAACCCCGAAAGCGAUAUCGCGGGGGCCAACGACUACCAGAGCGAGGCCGGGACGGAAUGGUCAUCGGUGUUAGUGCGGACGGGCGUGUGGAGCCCGGAGCACUCGGGUGAGAAAGCAAUCCAAGGGAGGUUCAAGCCGAAGGUCAUUGUGGAUGAUGCGCGGGAGGCGGUGAGGUGGGCAUUGAAAAGAGAGGGCUGGACUGGCCCGUCGUUGUAG